GGUGUGGGAGGCGAUUACAGACUAUUAUUUUCGGCUGUCUGAGCCUCCUUCUCCUCCUCCUCCUGCGCGAGCCCCCCGUUUUCUAUUGUGCUCCCUUUUUGAACGCCUCGCGGGGCUGCUCGGCCGCGCGCACGCACGCACGCGGGUCUGCAGAAUCCAUGCAGCUCCUCCUCGAGGGGGUCGCGGUGACUGAGAGCCCCCACCCCCUCGCCUCUCUCUCCCUCUCUCUCUCUCUCUCUCUUCCCCCCGGCUCCUCCUGCGCCCGCCCCGGCACCGAUUGUUGACAAAAGACGCUGCGAGACGGAGCGAAGGAGCCCGGAGCCCGGUACUGGUGAGCAGAUCCGUUAACUUCUUCCCGUUAGAGGAGAAGAUCGGGGCGGCGGAGGUAGAGGGGGCACGAGGACUCGUCUGUUCCUAGAAAACCGUGUGGCCGAGGUGAUACGGUUGUCGGUGGUGGUCGGACCGCAGCAGGCCGGUGUGAAGAAGUGGACGCCCCCCCCUCCUCCUCCUCUCCUCCUCCUCCUCCUCCUCCUCUUCUCGCGAUUGGUAUUUACCGACAAAACCAGCGGCCAAGAUGGGUCACUCGCUGUGAGUGCGAGGGCCACACCAGCGUUACAGGAGGAGGAGGCGGCCUUGGGCAGGUCUAUUCAUCCGGGAAUGGUGUGAGCUGAGGCGGCCAGGCAUUCUGGAUCUGACCGGGGACCCGUCAUUCCCCCGGAGCCUCCGCGGCUCCAAGCCGCGUCCUGAGCCCUCCAAGAUGGGGAAGUGCGACGGAAGAUGCACGCUGCUGGUGAUAUGUUCACUGCAGUUGGUGGCGGCCCUCCAGAGGCAGGUGUUUGAUUUUCUGGGCUACCAAUGGGCUCCCAUCCUGGCCAACUUCCUGCACAUCAUGGCUGUCAUCCUGGGCAUGUUUGGCACCGUGCAGUUUCGCUUCAGAUACCUUAUCUUUUAUGCAGUAUGGCUGUUCCUCUGGGUGGGCUGGAACUCGUUCAUUAUCUGUUUCUACCUGGAGGUUGGAAACCUGUCUCAGGACCGAGACUUCCUCAUGACGUUCAACACAUCCCUGCAUCGUUCAUGGUGGAUGGAGCACGGUCCUGGUUGCCUGGUCACGCUGGUGCUGGACUCUCGCAUGGCCCCUGACGACCACCAUGUCAUCACUGUCUCCGGGUGUCUCCUCGACUACCAGUACAUAGAGGUGUUGAGUUCAGCCAUUCAGAUCCUAUUGGCGCUGUUUGGCUUCGUAUACGCCUGCUAUGUGAGCAAAGUCUUCCAGGAUGACGAGGACAGCUUUGAUUUCAUCGGUGGCUUUGACUCGUACGGCUACCAACCUCCUCAGAAGUCCUCCCAUCUGCAACUGCAGCCUCUUUACACGGCUGGUUAACCGUUGGUAGCGCCCCCUUCAGGCCAAACCCGGACGGUGUCACUGUGGACAGAAAGCGGUGGUUGCCUCGAUUACACUCACUCUGUGUUUCACAGUUUACCCGAGGAAUGGACUUACCCCCACCCGGAGGGAGAGACGUCUGUGCGUGUGUGCAUGUGUGCUUGUGUCUGAGAAUGAGAAAUUCAGCCCUGAAUAGAAUGUACAGAGCUCAGGGAAGAACCAGCAUGCCAGGUGGUGUGAUAAGAUGAAGGAGGCGGGGGAGGACGGAUACAGAGAACAAGAGCUGGGGACACCUCUGUCAAAUCACAGAAGACACACUUCACUAAACUGCCAGCUCUCAACACUCCCACAACUGUGUGUAUGUUUGUGCGUGUGUGUGUGUGUGUGAUUGUGCAACUCCACAGGACUAGCUGGUGCUUUGUGGUUGCACCCUGGACUCUUACCACUCGGUGUCCCUGUGAAUUAUUAUUUUUCAGGUGCUCAUGUGUGUGCGUGUGGGGGGCGGGGAUGUGGGUGGGGUCACAUAAUAAAAAGAGGCACGGCUCGUACCUGUUGUCGUUUUAGAAUGUGGUGAUGUUGAACUAGAGCAGUCUUACGAUUCCCAUUCCCAAAGCCAUCUCUCCCUCUCAUGCCGUUAAAACCACUGUUCAAUCCUUUUUACAUGACGGACCUCUGGCCUGCUGAGGCAGUAAAACAGAGCUG